AUGAGAAAAAAACCUUUCAAGGAUAACGGAAUAUAUCUAGAAAAACAUGCCAAAGCAUUGUUAGAUUAUUAGCAAACUUCGGAUGAAGAAGAGGUCAAUACCUAAUCGAAAUAUCGAAUCAAGGCUAUAAAAUAUAAAAAUAAUCUCUUGGAAUCAUAGGAAGUGAUCUAAGCAUUAAAAAUCGAAAAUCAAGAAAGUAAAAAAAUUAUCAGUGAAUUGCUCUUAGAUAUUGAAGAAAUGAAGGAAAAAGAAAAACAACUUGAAUCUGAAUUACAAGAAUAAAAAUAACUAACAUAAUCAGCAAUUGAAUAAUUGGAACAAGAACUCUAAGAAUCUGUGGAAGAUAGAUUAUUGCAAGAACAAAAGCAAUUCUAAGAAAAGCUCACUAUCUAAUCUAAUGAGGCCAUCGAAAAACUGAAGAAGCAUUUUGAUGAACAACUCCAAAUUAUUGCAUAAACACCUAAAUCAACAGCACCACCUUCCAAAAAAAAAAAGAAAAAACAAACCUCCUCCAGCACAACCAAUCUAAGACCAUAAAGUUAAAAUACAGGUAGAUCUCCUGCUCCAAUUUCUAAGAAAAAAAAAAAGUGA